AGGCGACGGACACCCUGGGCGCCGCGGCGAACGCGGCGCCCGGGACGGCCGCCACGCCGACAUUCGACGGCCCCGCGGCAGAGCUGGUGUGGCCAGCGUCGCUGGAGCCUGGCGUUGCCUGGGCGCAGGUUGCCGCGGCGCGCGGUGGCCACCUGCCAGCGGCCGCUGCGCGGGCCGCUGCGGACGCAGCCGCGGGGCCCGGACUCGCUGCCAGGCCCGCCGAUGUACACGAUGCUGCUGUGCCUGGGGGCCUGGAGGGCCCGGCUGCCGAGCAGCCCCGCCCCUGGCCGGGCGGAGCGGGCGCCGCGACCGGCGGCGACGCACGGCGGAGGGUGGACGAGGCGCUGCUCGAGCUCCAGACUGAGCGGGGGCGGCAGCAGGAGCUUACCAAGCAGGUGAGUGACCUGGACCGCCGCUUGCGCGACGGCCUGGCCUCCAUGAGCGAGGCCGUCUCUCGCCACCGUCGCGGAGAGGAGGGAGCGAACGGGAG